CAGGCCAGGCCAAUGGUAGUCGCCGCUCGCUCAAAACCGAGCAGCGUAAAUUCUUUGGUUCUUCACUAUCUCCGUUAAACCCUUUCGAAGCAAGACAAUUUUCUUUCCCGCGGAGCAAAUAUACGACCAGACUCGGCACCAACGAAGAAGAAAUGGACUCUCUGAAGUCCUCCUUCCUCCUCUCUAUCACGCCUCUCCUUCCUUCUCCACAACCACCCUCAACAAAACCCAAAAUCACUAUCCACUCUUCUGUCACCCCGGACCCCUGGUCCCUCAGCGAUGGAAACGACCCCAGCAAGCCCAAACCCAGGUCCAAGAAUCCCAAGAAUCCACUCUCAGACGACAACGCCCGUCGCAUCAUCAAGGCCAAGGCCAAGUACCUCAGCCAGUUGCGCAAGAAUCAGGGCCCCCGCGUCCAGACGCCCAGAUGGAUCAAGCGGAGCCCGGAGCAGAUGGUGCGGUACCUCCAGGACGACAGGAACGGCCGCCUCUACGGAAGUCACGUGGUGGCGGCGAUAAGGCACGUGAGGUCACUGGCGGAGAAGGGUGAUGGUGGGUACGAUAUGAGGCAGGUCAUGACCUCGUUCGUGGGGAAGCUGAGUUAUAGGGAAAUGUGUGCAGUGUUGAAGGAACAGAAGGGGUGGAGGCAGGCCAGAGACUUUUUUGCUUGGAUGAAACUUCAGUUAAGCUAUCGCCCCAGUGUUAUUGUCUACACAAUUGUCCUGCGCAUAUAUGGGCAAGUUGGAAAGAUCAAGCUUGCUGAAGAGACCUUCUUGGAGAUGCUUGAAGCAGGAUGUGAACCGGAUGAAGUUGCUUGUGGUACCAUGCUCUGUACGUAUGCCAGAUGGGGACGUCAUAAGGCUAUGUUGUCAUUUUUUUCUGCUGUACAAGAAAGGGGAAUUACACUCUCCGUUUCUGUUUUCAAUUUUAUGAUGUCCUCCUUGCAGAAGAAAUCACUACAUGGAAAGGUCGUAGAAAUUUGGGGGCAAAUGGUGGAUAAAAGGGUUGCACCCAAUAGUUUUACUUAUACAGUAGUCAUAAGCUCACUUGUUAAAGAAGGUCUUCAUGAGGAGGCUUUUAGGACUUUUACCGAGAUGAAGGAUGUUGGGUUUGUCCCGGAGGAGGUUACUUAUAGCCUACUUAUUAGCUUGAGUACCAAAAGUGGUAGCCGAGAUAAAGCGCUGAGAUUGUAUGAGGAUAUGAGAUCUCAGAGAAUAGUUCCAAGUAACUACACUUGUGCUUCACUUCUGACUUUGUAUUACAAAAAUCAGGAUUAUUCUAAAGCACUUUCUCUCUUUCUGGAAAUGGAAAGAAGAAAAAUUGUAGCUGAUGAAGUAAUCUAUGGUUUGCUCAUAAGAAUAUACGGAAAACUUGGUCUUUAUGAAGAUGCCCAAAAGACGUUUGAAGAGACUGAGCGGCUGGGCUUACUAAGUGAUGAGAAAACAUAUUUAACAAUGGCACAAGUCCAUCUCAAUUCAGGACAUGUUGAGAAAGCCCUGAAAGUUAUUGAGCUAAUGAAGUCAAAAAACAUUUGGUUCUCAAGGUUUGCUUAUAUUGUCUUGUUGCAAUGUUAUGCUAUGAAGGAAGAUUUGAACUCUGCUGAAGUCACAUUUGAGGCUCUAUCCAAAACUGGACUUCCUGAUACUGGCUCUUGUAAUGAUAUGCUCAAGUUGUACGUAAGACUAGGCAUGAUGGAAAAGGCCAAGCAUUUUGUUGCUCAGAUACGGAAAGAUAAAGUAGAUUUUGAUGAAGAACUUUACAAGACAGUUAUGAGAGUAUAUUGCAAAGAGGGAAUGCUAAGAGAGGCUGAACAGCUGUUAGAGAAUUUGGGUACUGAGAAAUCGUUCAAGGAUAAUCAGUUUUUCCAAACAUGUUUUAGGACUGUGUGUGACAACAGGGUAGAUGAGCAACUUGAUGAAAAAGAGUUGGCCUUUGACCAUCCUGACACCAUGGCCCUUGUGCUGAUGCUGAAUUUGUACAUGGCAGAUGUCAAUUCCAAGAAAACAGAAGAAAUACUGAAGUUGUUGCUUGCAACUGCUGGUGGCUUGUCAAUUGUGAACCAGCUUAUUAACAACUUCAUUAGAGAAGGUGAUGCUCUUAAAGCAGAAACUCUUACAGGUCAAUUGAUCAAGCUAGGCUGUAGACUGGAGGCUGCCACAAUUGCUUCUUUGAUUAGUUUAUAUGCAAAGCAACACAAGUUGAAAAAAGCCCAGGAAGUCUUUGCAGCUGUUCUAGAUUCCCCUACUUAUGAGAAAAUAAUAUAUAAGUCAAUGAUUGAUGCAUAUGCCAAAUGUGGCAAACCAGAGGAGGCGUACUCGCUUUACAAACAAGUAGCUGAGAAAGGGCAUGAUCUGGAUGCUGUUGCCAUAAGCAUUGUUGUGAACGCUUUGACAAGUAGUGGCAAACACCAAGAGGCAGAAAAUAUCAUCCGUAAGAGUUUUGAAGGCAGCUUAGAGCUUGAUACUGUGGCGUACAAUACUUUUAUCAAGGCCAUGCUAGUAGCAGGUAAAUUACAUUUUGCUUCCAGCAUCUAUGAUCGCAUGCUCUCCUUGGGAAUUUCUCCGUCAAUUCAGACAUAUAACACCAUGAUCAGUGUGUAUGGCCGGGGUCGGAAGUUGGAUAAGGCUGUAGAGAUGUUCAAUGCCGCUCAGAGCAUGGGUUUGACUCUGGAUGAGAAGGCAUACAUGAAUUUGAUUAGCUAUUAUGGGAAGGCUGGUAAGAGGCAUGAAGCUUCUCAGUUAUUCACCAAAAUGCAGGAAGAAGGGAUAAAACCUGGGAUGGUAAGCUACAAUAUUAUGAGCAAUGUAUAUGCUGCCGCAGGACUUUAUCGUGAAGUAGAUGAACUUUUUCAAGCCAUGCAGAGAGAUGGUUGCUCACCCGACUCCUUUACCUACCUUUCCCUUGUUCGGGGUUACACUAAGGGUUUGAAAUACACAGAAGCCGAGGAAACCAUUGAUUCUAUGCAGAAGAGAGGCAUUCCCCCUUCUUGUGCACAUUUUAACCUCUUACUCUCUGCUCUUGCAAAAGCAGGCCUGAUCGUGGAAGCUGAAAGGGUUUACAAAAAGCUUCUCACAGCUGGUUUAUAUCCUGACCUUGCAUGCAAUCGGACCAUGCUCAGAGGUUACAUGAACUAUGGAUAUGUGGAAGAAGGCAUCAAGUUUUUCGAACGCAUAUUUGGGUCUGUGGAAGCUGACAGGUUUAUUAUGAGUGCAGCUGUGCUCUUUUACAAGUCUGCAGGAAGAGAUCUCAAAGCUGAAGGUGUAUUAAAUUCCAUGAACAGUUUAGGAAUCCCGAUCCUUAAUGACCUUGAAGUUGGAAUAAAGCAGAAAACCUCCUAACACAAUACUAACUAUUUGGUAAUGGAAUGCGGCUUAUUACAAAGAAAUGCCGUGAAUGGUGCCAUUGGUUCAGGUAGUUUAUUGCUAGUAGUCCCUGCCGUGAUGGAAUAGCAAAGAGGUCCUCCUCUAUCAAGACUCAUUUGACCUAAGGGUCUGUGCAGCAAAUGUAAUGUGGUUGCAUGCUUUACGACUAUU